CGCCUUUUCACGCUUUCAACACAGACGCUUCAAAACACGGGGCCAUCUUGGGGGAAGACAGCCUGCUGUGAAGUUCACCGAAUAGCCGCUACACGCUUUAUAACCAACACAUAACAUCUAAGAGUGCCUCUAGAUAGACCUAAGAGCAAUCUGCAUACAAAUCAAUGGUUGUUUUUCAAUUUCAAAAGGCCCUUUUCUCGAUGACAGACCGACUCCGAUCGCGCCCUCCGCCAGAAUCAACUGACGUUUCACAUGUCCCGCCUCCACGCAGGCAGACAACCAAUGAGGGCUCCGCUAAAGUCCAGCGUAAUGACGUUUCAGCUUCUGCGCGCAUGCGCAAUGUCAUUUUGUCCAAAGCUCCUCACUGUUCACAUCGAAGAUGGCGGCAGGCUUUGACCUGCUAUAUAAGGAUUUCAGUAUUAAAAGAGUGGGAAAGAAACUUUUUACCGAUACUUCAAGUUGUAUUAGAUUAGAGGUUUCCACAUCUUGUCACAAUAAGUUUGAGGUAAGCGCCCAGGCAGCCGGAAAAUCACCCCGCUGACUCCGAGAAAAGAGGCAAUUCAACUAACUGUUAGCUAAUGUUGACAUUCUGCGAGCUCGUGCACAUAUGAACAUAAUGAAAGCUGCUGCUCUUCAAGUGUGCUAGAUGAUUAUUUGUCCCAAGAGCAUUGUUACUAGUGGACUUGAGGUGACACGGGCGCUUGUCAAAUCUGUGUUGACGUUGUGACACGAGACUCCCCUUCACUCACGCUUGUUCCUUCGAAAAGCAACUGGAGGAAAAAGCGGAUGAAAACCCAAACUUCCUGAACUGAUGUGCCAGAGGCACAGAUGGAAGACAGCUAAGGCGAUCCAGGUUUUUUUUUUUUUUUUUUUAAUGCUAUGGUAACUACUUUGAUCGGGACGUCCACAGUGCAAACUUUGAACGGAGGCAAUGCAAUGGAUCCGCACACUGAAAGCGGCACUCCAGUGUCCAGUGGCCCAUCAUCAUCAUCAUCACCGGACGACGCUUCAGCCUCUGUCCCAGUUGUUAAUAACGGGCCCGGGGUGGCGAAAGGACUCGGAAACGUCACUGUCGCCCCAAACCCAAACACAGUGAUUCAGUCUUCAUAUGGGAAUCCUCCAGCGGCGGCAUCCAGUGCAGGACCCUCUGUGACAGUUGUCAGGACAUCUAUGCAAACUGCUGGAACAGGUUUAACUAUUAACGGGAGUAAUAAUAAUAAUAACAACACCGUUUCGACGACUGUAGCCAAUGUAGCGACCCCGGGAAUAACUACUACUGCUAUUGCUACUUCUACUACUACUACAACGACCCCUGUUUUGAUGAACCAGACUCCUGCUUCUGUCCCAGCGAGCAAGUCCGAGGCUACUAAAACUAUCAUCCAGCCCGCCGGCACCAUGACUCUCGGCCCUGCAAUGGCCAAGGGGGCUGUUUUGCAAGGGGUUUCGAGAACUGUAGCUCCGGCAACUGUUGCAGCAGCAGCGGGAUCGAGCCCUGCCAUCAGGGCCAUUGCGCCACAGGUGUUAGCGCCCCGACUCCCUCAGAGCACCCCGGGACAGAACAUCCAGAAUAUCCAGCUACCUCCAGGUAUGGUGUUGGUGCGUAGUGACAGUGGUCAGUUACUGAUGAUCCCACAGCAGAUGUUGGCACAGAUGCAGGCCCAGUCUCAGGCCGCCCGCCCUGCUGCCCCCAGCAGCACCAACCCUGGGCAGAUCACCUCUGCACAGGCACCUGGAACUCCUCUAAUGGCACGGCAGGUGACUCCUACCAGCAUCAUAAAGAAGGGCUCUCCUACAGCCAGCAGCACGGCCACUACCACACUCCAGAGACCACCUGUACAGCAGGCUUCUUCUGUGGGUGCCGUGUUGUCAGUGCAGGCAGGAACCGCCCAGAGGACUGUGACUGCUGCCACGGGGACCACUGUCUCCUCAGCAACGGAGACGAUGGAGAACGUUAAGAAAUGUAGGAACUUCUUGUCUACGCUGAUAAAGCUGGCCACUAGCGGUAAGCAGUCAUCAGAGACUGUCGCCAACGUUAAAGAGCUGGUCAAGAACCUGCUGGAAGGAGCGAUUGAAGCAGAGGAGUUCACCAGCAGACUCUACAAAGAGCUCAACUCCUCUCCUCAGCCUUAUCUAGUGCCUUUCCUUAAGAGGAGUCUCCCAGCUCUGAGACAACUCACUCCUGACUCCACGGCCUUCAUCCAGCAGAGCCAGGCCCUUCAGGCGCCCGUUGUGGUGCUAACCAGCACCAACACCACUGCUGCCACCGCCACAGCCCCUCGCACGCUCAUCCAGCCUGCCCUCAGCAACUCCAGCCAGACCGCCUCUCUGGUGUUGCAGCCCCCACAGCAGGGGGCAAUAGUGAAGCCCCCUCAGGUUACCCUGACGACCACUCCCAUGGUGACUCUCAGGGGUCAACCCCAUGGCCACAUAGUGGUGGGUCAGCCUCAGGUGCAGCUCAAACAGAUCCAGACAGUCGCUGUGAAGCAGGGUGUUGUGAGUAGCACUCAGAAGAAUAAAGCAAAGGAUGGUGCUGGAGGAACUUUCAGGGAUGAUGACGACAUUAAUGACGUGGCCUCAAUGGCAGGCGUUAAUCUUUCGGAGGAGAGCGCUCGUAUCCUGGCCACCAACUCGGAGCUGGUUGGUGCAGUCACGCGGUCUUGUAAGGAUGAAGCUUUCCUCUCCGCCAGCAUGCUACAGCACAAGAUACUAGAGAUAGGCCAGAGGUUUGGAGUGAAGGAGCUUGGUCCCGAGGUCGUAAACUUCGUCUCUCAUGCCACUCAACAGAGACUGCAAAACCUUCUAGAGAAGGUCUCAUUGAUCGCCCAGCAAAAGAACAUGACUUACAAGGCAAGUAGUAGGUACGAGCAGGUGGAGGAUGUUCGCUCUCAGCUGAAGUUCUUUGAGCAACUUGACCAGUUGGAGAAACAAAAGAAAGAAGGACAGGAGAGAGAAAUUUUAAUGAAAGCAGCUAAGUCACGCUCACGACAAGAGGAUCCCGAGCAGCUGCGGCUGAAACAGAAGGCCAAAGAGAUGCAGCAGCAGGAAUUGGCUCAGAUUCGUCAGAGAGAUGCCAACUUGACGGCGUUGGCGGCUAUUGGACCUAGAAAGAAGAGAAAACUGGAUGCUCCUUCACUUGUGACUGACGCAGAGGGCUCAGGUUUGUGCGCGAGUGCAUCCGGGGGCUUAAAUGCAGGAGGGUCGAGGCAGUACACUCGCCAGCGCAUCACGCGUGUAAACCUCAGGGAUCUGCUCUUCUGUCUAGAGAACGAGAGAAGCACCAGCCACUCACAACUCCUCUACCGAGCCCUUCUCAAAUAGCAGAUAGCCUGUGUCCUUCCCUCAUUUCAGUCUUUAGGGCUCUUUCCCUCAUUCUUUGUCAUUUUUGCUGUUUUUAUCAUUCUCUGUCAUUCCCUUUUUAUCUUUCUUUAUCGCUCUUUCACACUUUCUGUCACUGUCUCACAUACUGACACAUACAGUGAUGCAUUUUCCUUUACUUUCUCCAGCAGACUUGUGCUCUUCUUUUUUUCACUUUCUAUAGUUUUUCUUCUUUCUUUUAUUUUGACUUUUAUAUUGUAUUUUACUUUUCAAAAAUUGUGUAAAAAAAAUUGCAAUUAUAUAUCUUGUUUUUCAUAGAAGGUGGCUUCGUAUUGUGCAAAUUACCUAUGUAAAACGAAGAA